AUGGCGUCGUCGUCUAGAGACGAAAACCCCGACCUUUCGCCCACCUCGCACGGAGAGGACUCGGACGCCGUACUGUCACCCGUUGCGGAGAUUGAGCCUGAACCUGGUAUUAAUGGAGUGCCGGUGCGAUGGUACGAUGCCGACAGAACAGAACCUUACACACGAAUAACGCCUUUUCAAGAAAAGCACGACACAAGCGUUGAGUUCUUUUACAAACCGAUAACUCUCUCGGCGCUUGCCUGCGGUUUGAUCGUCCUCGCAUAUGUCGCGACGACCCAAGACGUCCUGGAGGAAGGUCGGGACAAGAGACGUGUUGGCGUCUACGCAGCGAUAGCGUCGUUCUUGACGUUCGCCAUGAUUCAGUUUCGUGAUGGUCCUUUUAUUCGACCGCACCCUGCCUUCUGGCGCAUAAUCCUUGGAGUAAAUUUACUUUACGAGCUAGCGCUCGUCUUCUUGCUUUUCCAGGACCUUGAUACCGCACGCCAAAUGAUGAUCUACAUCGAUUCCAGCCUCGGGGUUCCCCUGCCCGAAAAGAGCUAUGCAGAGGACUGCUCGUUGACCCCCAAGACGCUCUGGAAUGCAGUUGAUAUCUUCUGCGUUGCCCAUGCUCUUGGAUGGUUCGGCAAAGCAAUGAUUUUACGGGAUUACUGGUUCUGUUGGAUUCUGAGCAUUGCAUUCGAGUUGGCUGAGUACAGCCUUCAGCAUCAGCUACCCAAUUUCGCAGAAUGUUGGUGGGACCACUGGAUUUUAGACGUUUUGGUAUGCAACUGGCUAGGAACAUAUCUUGGCAUGAAAGUCUGCCAAUACUUAGAAGUCAAGCCUUACGAAUGGCGCGGAUUCCGACAGACAAGAGGGAUAAGGUCCAAGGCGAGGCGUGUGCUCAGCCAAUUCUCACCACACGACUUCAUGGCAUUCAAAUGGGGCACGGCGACCGACUUUUUGCACUUUUCAACGGUCGUGCUCUUGCUUGCGGUGUUUCUCGCGGCGGAGCUCAACCCAUUCUACCUCAAGAGCUUGUUGUGGAUGGAGCCGGAUCACCCAAUCAUCAUCCUGCGCCUCGCCUUCGUCUUUCUAUGCGCCCUGCCGGCCGUCAGAGAGCUGUACCAGUACAUUAACGAUCCUCGACGGGCGGUGAGAAUGGGCCAGCACGUUUGGCUCCUUCUCGCGACUAUCCUCACCGAGCUUGUGGUUAUCGCGAAAUGGAGUAAAGGGCAAUUCCCCAACCCGCUGCCCACUCAAGUUAAGUGGGGCUGGGCAAUCGGGGCUACGCUCCUCGUUCUUUACCCCACUGUCCAGUUUGGAAUCCCAAGUGCGAGAAGAUAUAUCCGACGGCAUCAGAAGAAAGGGAAACCCAAGGCCUCAUAA